UCUCCUGGCUAGAAGAAUGAAGGGUAUAGCGACUAUCUGCUGCUGCCUGCUCUCUCUGCUGGCUCUGACCGCCACAGAGCCGGCGGGCGAGAAACUGAGCGGCUCGGCGACGGAGGAUGAGCCGCUCCUCCAGCUGAAGCUGCAGCAGCCCGAGGAGGAGGCGCUGUUCACCUGCAGCUGCGACCGCAGCCCCAGCUCCAACGACACGCCCGCCCCCGCGCCCCCGCACGGCGUCUGCCAGCCCUGCCACGCCGCCACAGAGCCCGUCCAAGAGCUGCCCCUGAAGGAGGAGGAGGAGGAGGAGGAGGAGGAGGAGGAGGAGCAGGAGGAGGCAGCCGGAGACCACGCGGAGGAGGGUGAGGAGGAGAGUGAGAGUUCUGAUGAAGAGGAGUCCGCGCCCGAGUCCGAGGAGGAGGGGGACAGUUCUGAGGUCCUGACCGACGCGGCGGGGGAGGAGGAGCUCGGGUCUGAGGAAGAGCACGAGGAGGAGGAGGAGGAGGAGGAAGAGGAGGCGGAAGCCGACGCCGCUCCUCAGUCAGAAUCCGCCGAGAGCGAGGAGGAGGAGGAGGAGGAAGAGGAGGAGGAGCGGGCUGUGAGUGAGGAGAUCUCUGCUGAAGAGGAGCAGGAACAUUCAGACGAGGAUACAGGAGAGGAGGAGGAGGAGGAGGAGGAGGAAGAGGUGGUGGCAGCGGAGGAGGCGUCAGAGGAGGCGUUGGAGGAGGCAUCGGAGGAGGAAGAGGAGGAGGAGGAGGAGGAGAAGGAGGAGGCGGUGGAGGCGGAAGCUGUCGACGCCCCUGAAGCUGAUGCGGAGGUGGCUGAAGCUCCCGCGGAGGAUGUGACCUCAGAGGAAACCGUGGAGACCACAGAGGAGGCGGAGCUCGAGGCCGAGGAGGCUCCCGAGGUGACGGCCGAGGCUCCAGAGGAAGAGGAGGAGGACGAGGAGGAAGACACCGUUCCCGUGGAGACGGCAGAGGAGCAGGAAGCUGUCGUCGAAGACGUCCAGGAGGAAGAGGAGCCCGUAGAACCUGUCAAAGAGGAGGAAGAGGAGGAGGAGGAGGAGGAGGAGGAGGAGGAGCCGGUGUCCCUGAUGAGAGACAGGUCCCACAUCGAGGAGAAGCUCCAGCUGGACACGGUCGAGCCCUCAGCCACAUACACAGCCGCCAUGCAGAAGCUGCGUAAGAUCUACCAGACGGCCAUCAAGCCCAUGGAGCAGGCCUACAAGUACAACGAGAUGCGACAGCACGAGAUCUCCGAGGCUGAGAUUACCUCCAAACCCCUGGUCCUGUUCCUGGGCCCCUGGAGCGUUGGCAAGUCCACCAUGAUCAACUACCUGCUGGGCCUGCAUGACACCCCUCAUGAGCUCUACACAGGUGCUGAGCCCACCACUGGUGAGUUUACUGUGAUGAUGCACGGGCAGAAGUAUCGGACCCUAGAGGGCAUCGUCAUGGCAGCCGACAGCUCCCGAAACUUCUCUCCCCUGGAGAAAUUCGGACAGGGCUUCCUGGAGAAGCUGCUGGGCAUCGAGAUUCCCAGCAAGCUCCUGGAGAGGGUCAACAUCGUGGACACGCCCGGCAUCAUCGAGAACCGCAAACAGCAGGAGAGAGGGUACCCAUUCGGCGAUGUGUGCCAGUGGUUCAUCGACCGGGCGGACAUGAUCUUCCUGGUGUUCGACCCGACCAAGCUGGACGUGGGCCUGGAGCUGGAGAUGCUCUUCAAGCAGCUGAAGGGGCGCGAGUCCCAGAUCCGCAUCAUCCUCAACAAGGCCGACAACCUGGCCACCCAGGAGCUCAUGCGCGUCUACGGCGCCCUCUUCUGGAACAUGGCGCCGCUCAUCAACGUGACGGAGCCGCCCCGCAUCUACGUCAGCUCCUUCUGGCCCUACGAGUACGCCCCCGACACCAUCCGCGACCUGUUCGUCAAGGAGGAGGUGUCCCUGCUGGAGGACCUGAACCAGGUGAUCGAGAACCGCCUGGAGAACAAGAUCGCCAUCAUCCGCCAGCACGGCAUCCGCGUGCGCAUCCACGCCCUGCUGGUGGACCGCUACAUCCAGACCUUCAGGGACAAGAUGGGCUUCUUCAGCGACCCCGAGCUGGUCUUCAAGGAGAUCGUGGACGACCCCGACAAGUUCUACAUCUUCAAGUCCAUCCUGGCCAAGACCAACGUCAGCAAGUUCGACCUGCCCAGCCACGACGCCUACCGCGACUUCUUCGGUAUCAACCCCGUGAGCGGCUUCAAGCAGCUGUCCUCCCAGUGCGGCUGGAUGGGCGGCUGCCUGCUGGACAAGAUCGAGGCGGCCAUCACCCAGGAGCUGCCCGCCCUGCUCAGCAGCAUCUCGCCCGCCAACGCGGCCGAACCGGCCUGCGAGCCCUCCGCCUGCGCGGAGAAGCCCGUCAACCGCUACCGGAGGCAAUGAGAGCGAGGGGGACCGGGGAGGGAGGGAGGGAGGGGAACAGA